GCGGGGAAGGCGGGAGACAGCGCAGUUUGAAUCGCGGUGCGCCAGAGCAGUAGCCGGCGGGAUCUCUGCCCGGGUGUUUGCUUGGUCCAUUCUCUGCCGUGAGCGUGUGUGCGAGAGAGCUUCACGCACAACUCAAAAUGGCUGGCGGGAAGGCUGGGAAGGACUCCGGAAAAGCGAAGACAAAGGCGGUUUCCCGCUCGCAGAGGGCUGGCUUGCAGUUCCCAGUCGGCCGUAUCCAUCGGCAUCUGAAGUCCAGGACAACGAGCCAUGGACGCGUGGGAGCCACUGCUGCCGUGUACAGUGCAGCCAUCCUGGAAUAUCUAACUGCAGAGGUUCUUGAGCUGGCAGGAAAUGCAUCAAAAGACUUGAAGGUGAAGCGCAUUACUCCUCGCCACUUGCAGCUUGCCAUUCGCGGGGAUGAAGAAUUGGACUCUCUUAUUAAGGCAACAAUUGCUGGUGGUGGUGUGAUUCCACACAUCCAUAAAUCUCUGAUUGGAAAGAAAGGACAACAGAAGACUGUUUAAAGGAUGCCUGGAUUCCAUGUUAUCUCAGGACUCUAAAUACUCUUAACAACUGUCCAGUGUUGGUGAUUUCCAGUGGACUGUAUCUCUGUGAAAACCACAAUUUUGCCUUUUUGUAAUUCUAUUUUGAUUAAGUUGGAAGCUUACUUAGCUUUUCCAGCCAACCAAAUUUCUGCAUUGAAGUCUUAACCAUAUUUAAGUGUUACUGUGGCUUCAAAGAAGCUAUUGAUUCUGAAGUAGUGGGUUUUGAUUGAGUUGACUGUUUUUAAAAAUCUGUUUGGAUAUUAAUUGUGAUGCAGAAGUUAUAGUAACAAACAUUUGGUUUUGUACAGACUUUUAUUUCCACUCUGGUGGAUAAGUUCAAUAAAGGUCAUAUCCAAAACAA